AUCGCACAUUUCACGCCGAUUCGCAUGCGCGAUCGUGUGCGCUUGAUAGCGUGGUGUUUUUAUUUUGAUUAUCACAGCUGAUUUCGGCAACAAGAUCGAUAUUAUGCAAAAUGAGGCUGGUUCUGAUGUGUUUAUUGUCUCUGGCGGUGUGCGAAGGUCAAGUGGUAACCUUUGAUUUGUCCGAUUAUAACCCGCAGAAUGCGACGACACAUGUGCAGAAGAUGUUUAUUAACCUAACUGCCGGGGUUUCAGAGAUUUGGGUAAAUAAUGUACCCGAAAGUGUGGGCUUUUAUGUUGUGCAAGUUCACUCGUUUCCUUACAAUGUUACUCUAUCUUCGACAAGAAAAUUCAGGAGUAAGGACUCAGUUGAGGGCGUUAACGUAGGGCUAGUCUCUUUUAAUGACAAUGACACAAGAUUCUAUGUUAAAUCAAAAAACCAAACCAAAGCUUUAAUUGUUGUAGUGAUCUACAACAAAAAAGAUCCAAUCCCUGGUGGGUGCAACUUAACUUUUAACACAGAGUAUGCACCAUACCAACUGGUAUCAUACACAGAAGACUUAAUAAUAGUACAAAGUCAGGCUCCAUCAGCCUUUGACACGACUUGCGACAAAAACAACAUACAAGUAGAUUUGUAUCAUCUAUACUUACACGAGAAUAACUACGCCGAAAAAUAUUAUUUUAACGGCAUUGAAAAUAUGUUAACCGUGGAUUUAAUAAAAUCUCAUGGAUACAAAGUAUCAACUGUUGAUGGUUAUUUUAAAUACAGAAAGCUCUACAGCGCCUACAGAGGUGUGGGACAGGUGUUUGCUAUUGUAGCUACUUACCACAAUAGAAGCUCAGCUUACGUCCCCGCUGUAUCAUAUGGAUGCGAUUUGGAUAACCAAGAUGAGAGCUGUUAUGGUCCUGUGACCCCUCACUGGAAGGUUAUCUGCGCUUUUCUUUUAAUAUUCGGUCUAUUUGUUAACUUUUUUGGGCACAAAUUUUUUAGAAUCACACUGUAUUUGAUAGGUUUUGUAAUAGGUGUUUUUAUAACAUACGUUAUUUUGUCUUUGAGCAGCAAUAAUCUAACGGUAGCAGAAAAAACAACUACAGCUGUUCUAAUUGGGCUAAUUUAUGGGUCACUCUGGCUUCUGAUGUGGUGGAAGUUCGGUAUUCCGAUUCUCUCAGUGAGUCUCACUUUUUUCCUAUCUGGAUUUUUGUUAGCAUCGAUCGUGUUCUACGCAGGCGUAGCCGAUUUGAAGAUUUUUCACAACGAUAUUAAUUUUUGGUUGACUUUUUUGGCUAUUGUUAUUGCUUUUCAUACAAUGUUCACCAUGUGGACGCUGGAAUGGCACGUUUUUGGAUGUAGUUUUCUAGGGGCGUACGCUUGUGUAGCCGCAUUGAACUACUAUACUGGGGGAAAUUUGCAAUACAUCGUGAUUAAUUCUUUUAGGAGGAUGGUCGUGAAUAAUUUUAAUAUGGCAACGAUUGAUCCGCCGUUUCAAAUUUUGGAUAUCACGCAGAGUAUCCUCUUGGUGGCUAUGACCACUUUUGGCUUUUAUUAUCAAAUGAAAGAACAGAGGAGUAAGCCUCCGUUCCCCCCUCACCGUUACACGACUCUUGAAGAGGGUGUGAGUGAGACCACACCAUUAAUCAGAGAUACUACUGGGGUCAUAUACUCAGAUAUAUAGUUAGUCAGAAUUUUACGCUCUCUAUCCAGUAAGCAGAAUCAUGUGAUGAUAUUGAAUAAAAAAGUUUUGUAGUGGA